AAAAAUAAAGAUGCAGUAGUUGGAGUUGAUACGCAUACGCCAAUGGCAAGCAGUAGCAGCGCCACCAGACAAACACUUGGAAUCUUAAGACCCACUAAUCAUUAUUAUUACUCUAACCAUAACUAUAAGCCUCAUUCUCUCUUCACUCUCACUACCCCACUUCCUUCAUUUCUUUUCUCCAGGAAAAAGAGUCUCAGUAAGAAGUGGAGUUUUAAAGGUUUGGUAUCUAAAAUGGCUCAUCAUGAAGUCAAGACAGUCACUUCUGAUGUGAUAUCAGGCAAUAUGAUUUUUGAACCUAUCCUGGAGGAUGGAAUUUUCAGAUUUGAUUGUUCUGCAAAUGAUAGAGUUGCUGCAAAUCCCAGUCUUUCGUUCACCAAUAUUAAGGACAGAGACACUCCGAUCAUGACUCAUUUUGUUCCUUCAUACAUCCCUACUUUUGAAUGUCAUUUAGGCCAGCAGAUUGUAAAAUUUGAGCUUCCCACUGGGACCUCUUUUUAUGGAACUGGUGAAGCUAGUGGACCACUUGAGCGCACAGGAAAGAGAGUUUUCACAUGGAAUACAGAUGCAUGGGGAUAUGGUCCUGGCACUACAUCCUUGUACCAGUCACAUCCUUGGGUGCUAGCUAUUCUUCCAAAUGGAGAGGCAUUUGGGGUUCUUGCUGACAUCACACGACGUUGUGAGAUUGAUCUAAGGACUGAAUCAAAAAUUAAGUUCAUUGCUCCAGCCUCAUAUCCUGUGAUUACAUUUGGUCCUUUUGCUUCACCCACAGCUGUUCUGAAAUCCUUAUCUCGUGCAAUUGGAACUGUUUUUAUGCCUCCAAAGUGGGCCUUAGGAUAUCAACAAUGCCGUUGGAGCUAUGAUUCUGAUAAGAGGGUUUAUGAGGUUGCCAAAACAUUUAGGGAGAAGGGUAUACCUUGUGAUGUCAUAUGGAUGGAUAUUGAUUACAUGGAUGGUUUUCGCUGUUUCACAUUCGAUCAGGAACGCUUUCCACAUCCACAAGCUUUGGUGAAAGAUCUUCAUGGUAUUGGCUUCAAAGCAAUUUGGAUGCUUGACCCAGGGAUCAAAUGUGAAGAGGGUUAUCAUGUCUAUGAUAGUGGUUCCAAAGAUGAUGUUUGGAUUCAAAGAGCAGAUGGAAGACCUUUUAUUGGGGAGGUGUGGCCUGGGCCUUGUGCUUUCCCUGACUUCACACAAUCGAGAGUUCGUUCUUGGUGGGCUAGUUUAGUUAAAGAUUUCAUUUCUAAUGGUGUUGAUGGCAUAUGGAAUGACAUGAAUGAGCCAGCUGUAUUUAAGAGUGUAACAAAGACGAUGCCUGAAAGCAAUACUCAUAGAGGAGGUAUUGAACUUGGAGGCUGUCAGGAUCAUUCAUACUAUCACAAUGUGUAUGGCAUGCUGAUGGCAAGAUCAACAUUUGAGGGCAUGAAAUUAGCUAAUGAAAAUAAGCGUCCCUUUGUUCUUACUAGAGCUGGAUUUAUUGGCAGUCAAAAAUAUGCUGCAACAUGGACAGGAGAUAAUCUUUCAAAUUGGGAGCAUCUGCACAUGUCCAUCUCCAUGGUACUUCAAUUGGGACUAAGUGGUCAGCCUCUCUCUGGACCUGAUAUUGGAGGAUUUGCAGGAAAUGCAACGCCCAAGCUCUUUGGACGGUGGAUGGGUGUAGGGGCAAUGUUUCCUUUCUGCCGUGGGCAUUCUGAAAUGGGAACAUCUGAUCAUGAGCCAUGGUCUUUUGGGGAAGAGUGUGAAGAAGUUUGCCGCCUGGCAUUGAAGAGACGUUAUCGGCUUAUCCCACACAUAUACACUCUGUUCUAUGCUGCCCACACAACGGGCACACCAGUGGCAACUCCUACCUUUUUUGCUGAUCCAAAAGAUAUGAGUUUGAGGAUGCUUGAAAAUUCCUUCCUGUUGGGUCCACUUCUAGUCCUUGCAAGUACAAUUCCUGAUCAGGGAACAGACAGGUUGCAGCAUGCCCUGCCCAAAGGAAUCUGGUUAAGAUUUGAUUUUGAAGACUCACAUCCGGAUUUACCAACUUUAUAUUUGCAAGGUGGAUCAAUAAUUCCUUUGGGUCCCCCCCAUCAGCACGUUGGUGAAGCUAGUUUUUCAGAUGAUUUAACACUUCUUGUAGCUUUAGAUGAAUAUGGGCGCGCUGAAGGUGUACUGUUCGAAGAUGAGGGUGAUGGAUAUGAAUUCACCAAAGGGAAUUAUCUGUUGACACACUAUGUUGCUGAACUUCAAUCUUCAGUUGUUAUAGUUAGAGUUUCUGGAACAGAAGGAUCUUGGAAGAGGCCCAAAAGACGUCUACUUGUGCAAUUAUUGCUUGGUGGAGGUGCAAUGGUUGAUUCAUGGGGCAUGGAUGGAGAUGUUGUGAAAAUUGUGAUGCCUUCAGAACAUGAUGUUUCUAAGUUGGUAUCCAUAAGCGAGAAAAAAUAUAGGAGUCAUUUAGAAAGUUGUAAGCAAAUUCCUGAUGUUGAAGAGGUUUCUGGAACCAAGGGAGCCGAACUUUCAAGAACCCCUGUUGAACUGAGAAGUGGUGAUUGGGCUGUUAAAAUAGUUCCAUGGAUUGGGGGUAGAGUUAUUUCCAUGGAGCACCUUCCUUCAGGAACACAAUGGCUUCAUAGUAGGAUUGACAUUGAUGGAUACGAAGAGUAUAGUGGUACAGAGUACCGGUCCGCAGGAUGCAGAGAGGAAUAUAAUGUCAUUGAAGUCCAACUUAAUCAUAUAGAGUUAUGUCCUCUUAGGCGGGAUCUUGAGCAUGCAGGAGAGGAGGAAUCUCUUGCUUUAGAAUGCGAUAUUGGUGGAGGAGUGGUUCUCCAACGGCAGAUAUCUAUUCCAAAAGAUGAGUUAAAGAUUCUUCGUAUUGACUCUAGCAUUGUAGCCCGAAAAGUUGGAGCUGGUUCUGGUGGAUUUUCCAGGCUUGUCUGUUUGAGAGUACAUCCAACCUUUACUCUCUUGCACCCGACUGAAAGUUUUGUCUCAUUCACUUCCGUUGAUGGAUCAAAACAUGAAAUUUGGCCUGAAUCUGGGAGUCAGUUUUAUGAAGGAAAUCUUCUGCCAAAUGGAGAAUGGAUACUUGUUGAUAAAUGCCUUGGCAUUGGGUUAAUUAAUCGAUUUGACGUCAAAGAGGUGUACAAGUGUUAUAUCCAUUGGGGAACUGGGACAGUUAACCUUGAGCUUUGGUCUGAAGACCGGCCUGUUUCAAGGGAAUCACCUCUCAGAGUUUCCCACGAGUACGAGGUUAGAGGAACCUCUUAACCGCAUUGUAUUAUCUGUUGUAUUUGGUCUUACAAGUGUUCUGUCAGAAGUUGAAUACUAUAUCUUAUUUGUCCGCUCAAUAAUGGGUUGCAACUUGGAACUCUGUUAUGCAACCAGAAACAACUUGUAAUCAAAAUCAACUAAUGCAUGUUUUAUGGUUGUUUUAGAGAUUA